AUGGAUCAAAAAGGCCCAAAAGGCCGUGACAACCGCGACGGAGAUGACAACGACGAUGGCAAAAGUUCAACCCCAGAGACCCCCGAGGAGGUCCAACGCCGCAUAGCGGGGCUCUCAAUAUCGCAAGAAACCCACAACACGAAUGAUUCCACAUCAUCACGCUCAGAUCACUCGAAUAAACCCCAGGAAGAUAAAUAUGAACAGGGCCAGCGACAAGCACGCGUUGAUGACGAGUUAGGUACCGAAGACGAAAGCUCAAGAACCUUUAGGAUAAACACACUCAGGGGGGAUGCUGAUGAACAAGACAAUGAUGAAGAACAGGAAGAGACCAGGAAAAUCGAGCCCGAUGAAUUGAAGAAUAUUCUGUUUAGUUUUGAAACGCCGCGCGAGGUUGAUCUGCGUGUCAAAAUUUCGGGAGACUUAAAUGUUACUAUAUUGUAUGUUCCCUGCCUGAAAGUUUUCUUACAUGGGUCUGGGCUAACUAGAGAACAGGGCGUGAACACUCUUCGAGGAGCCUUGAUGUUCGAGAGCUCGAUCAGAGGCGUAUUCGGACAUUACCUCUGCUGA